AUGAGUUACGAUAAUCCUACUUACGACGCUGGUAACCCAUACGAACUUUCCAAUCCUUACGAAGAGGAGAGCAACGAUCUCUCUAACCAUAAUAAUGAUGACAAAAAUGCUACUUAUCAUAACGUGGAUACAAGUGCCAACACUAGUGGUGAUUUCGUGGAGUUUAUGACCAAGAUAAAUAACAUUAAUGGCAAUUUACAAGUUUAUGAAAGAAAUAUCGACCAAAUUGACAGAUUACAAAAGCAACUUCUUGUAGAGAUUAACGAUGAAGAUACUGCCCAAAUCAGACAUCAACUGGAUACUUUGGCCGCAGAGACUAGAUCUUUACAAAAUCAAUUGAAAUUCGAUAUUAAAGAUGCACAAAGAGAUGGUUUAAGAGAUACAAAUAAACAAACUCAAGCUGAAAAUUCAAGACAAAGAUUUUUAAAAUUAAUUCAAGAUUACAGAAUUAUUGAAUCGAAUUGUAAAGAAGAAAAUAAACAACAGGCAAAGAGACAAUAUUUGGUCGUUCAACCAGAAGCUACUGAAGAAGAAGUUGAAAAUGCCAUUAAUGAUGCUAAUGGUCAACAAAUCUUCUCACAAGCUUUAUUAAAUGCUAAUAGACGUGGUGAAGCAAAGACUGCAUUAGCAGAAGUCCAACAGAGACAUCAAGAAUUAUUACAAUUGGAAAAAUCAAUGGCUGAAUUAAACCAACUAUUUAAUGAUAUGGAAGAACUUGUCAUUGAACAACAAGAGAAUGUGGAUGUUAUCGAUAAAAAUGUCGAAGAUGCUCAACAAGAUGUUGAACAAGGUGUUGGUUACACAAACAAAGCUGUUGAUAGUGCAAGAAGAGCAAGAAGAAACAAAAUCAGAUGUUAUAUUAUUGCAUUCAUUGCAUUUGCCAUUGUUGUUGUCGUUGUUGUGGUUCCCUCCGUUGUGGAAACCAGAAAGUAA